GGGCCCACCGGCUGCUGCCCCGCCCCCUGCAUGCGAAGGCCGUGGGAGUGGGACAGAAGACCCUCAUUAAAAAUGUCCUUCCCAUCGAUCGUGACCGUAACGCAGGGUUGCGGCGCAGCUCAAUUCUUUUUGUUGAACAAAUUAUACUCGACGACGACGAUGAGGUCAAUUACUUACUUUUAAGCAUCAAGUGCCGUUCUAAAUCGACGAUAUUUCUCGAUACAUUCAGCGCUUCCGGGAUAAGCUGCCAACACACAGAUAGGCCCAAGAUCCUUGAUGACGUUGUUUGAUUGCUUAAGACUGCAAAAAUCAAGUCUUCAAAAUACUAAAAACAGCUGUCUCAAACAGAUGAAAUUAUUUGGAAUCGUUUCUAGAACUUGAAAAUAUACAAUACUUUUUCUUAUUGUGUUCUAUCGUUGGUACCCUUUGAUAAAAUCGAAGCGCGUGUAUCGCAGCAUCACAGGUUCUUUUGAAAUCGUCAGGAAAGCCGUUGAGCCGAGCCCGAUCACCCAUCACCCGACACGCCGUCUUUUCGCUGUUCCAUCACAUUGUUCUUGGUUUGCACACUAAAAAGCGAAGGUAAAAUGACUGCUCACGUUGGGGUUCGAAGAAUGGUGCUGGCUGACAUAUGUCCUGGACUGGAUGAUUCACUUAUAGUCGGUGUUAUCAUAGGCAGUCAAAGUGCGAAAAUCGUGACCAUGAAGAAAGACCUUUCUCAAAGAGGUGUAUGGAAUUUCACCCUUCGUGAUUCUGAAGAAGACUUUGCUAAUGUUGCUGUCUGGGGGUCACCUACGUACAUUGAAAACUGUGCUGAACAAUUUCAUAUCGGAGAUGUUGUAUCAGUGACAAAGGCUCGGAUAACUUUACGGGUUACAGGAGGGUCUGAAGACAACUUUAGGCCUACUGUCUCAAGUCCAUUCCAGCUGACAUUAACUGAGGGCUCAUCAGAGAUACAACAUCACUAUCUUCCAGAUGCCCAACAUUUUCAAAGUCUAAUUCAUGUGCCAACAAAGCAGUCUUCAGAUAUUACUCCUCUGAGGGAUAUUAGCUCCAGCGGGGACUUGAUGCAAGGAAAUUAUGUUAAUAUUUUGGUGGCAGUUCAAAAUGUUCAAAGAGUGAGACAGUUGAAACUUCAAGAUGGUCGUCAGAUUGAGUGCCGAGAAAUUGUGGUGUUUGAUCGAACAAGCCAUGGCUUAUCAGUUCAGCUGUGGGAUAAGGAAAUUAUUUACCAAGCAUCUCAGUGGAAACCUAGAGAAACAAUUCUGUUUAUAGCAGAUAUCAUCUUGAAAUGGAGUGGGUACCGCAAUGCCUCCUCACCUACGGUUAACUCAAAGACGAUAAUUACAGUUGAUCCUCAAACAGAAGAUGCAGAAUGCCUCCGAGCAUAUGCAAGAGCUGCACCUCUCCAGCCUUCAGCCAUAAUAGAUUAUUUAACAAGCAACAUAACAGAUGCUUCCAGCAUCCGAAAUGUUCUGUCUGUAAGAACAGUCCUGUCACGUGGUUGGGCUGAUGUGAAAAACAGUGUAUCUGAAGAUGAACAGCAAUUUACUGCACUAGUUUAUGCUGUUGUAACACAUCUUGAUCUUCAUCAUGACAAUGUAGUACAAUUAAAAUGUGCCUCUUGCAACAAAGUUACUUCAGUUGAAAACUCAUGUUCUAACCUUGACUGCCCAGUUGAGCAGGGAUCAGAAACAUUUGUUCCCCGAAGAAUGUUUAACAUACGAAUUGAUCUAUCAGAUCACACAGGAACUUUAAAAGGUUGUCGUCUCACUGCUGAAACUGCAGAAACUGUUCUAGGGUGCACAGUAUUAGAGUUUGGAUCCAUGUCAGAUCAACAAAAAGAUAUACUCAAGUGGAAUUUUUUGAUGGAGCGUUGUGCUGCAAGAAUACUGGUGCUUAAAGCUUCUCAUGAGCGGCGCCAACCUUACAUAUCCCUGAUCUCGUGCUCUAUUGCAGACACUUCUGAAGUUGCUGCUAAAAUUCCUAUCUUGUGAUCAACCUCAUCAUAAAAACUCACGAGAUAAGCUUAAACAAAAUCGAAAAUUAAGAAGGUGCACUGAUUACUAGAUAGAUACACCAAGAUGAUUGUGCGAUCAUACCAUCCAUUGGCAUAGCCUGCAAAAUGUCUUGUCAAAUUACCUUAAAUUAGAUAUUUAAAAAGUACCAUAGAGGCAAUACUUAGGCCUAGGUACCAUAUUCAAAUGUAAAAAAAAUUAUUAAGUACAUUUUCACUUGAGAUACUUGACUUAAUAAAUCAAUUAUUACUUGCACAAAUUA